AUGACUCUACCGAUUGUAAAAGAAAAAAGGACAUUGGAAUGGUGGGAUCAUUUUGAAAGGAAAAAGAUUGAUGAUAUGAUAUAUGCAGAAUGCAACUAUUGCAAAGCCCGUCUCAAAGCACCGAGUGGUUAUGGAACGACAAAUUUGAAGAAGCAUUUUGAAAAAGUUUGUAAAAAAAGACCAAGGAAAAUGGACAUUCGACAAAGUGUUAUGAUGAUGGGAAGCAAAAAACUUGGUGGAGGUCAAGCACUUGAAACCCAUGUGUUUAAUCAAGAAGAUUCAAGGCAUGAUCUUGCAACAAUGGUGAUUUUGCAUGAUUAUCCAUUGACAAUGGUCGAUCAUAUUGGUUUUCGAAGAUUUCUUGGUAAUCUUCAACCAUGUUUUAGCAUGAUUACAAGAAACACUUUGAAAGGUGACAUUUUUAAGAUUUAUGAGGUUGAAAAAAACAAGUGUUAUGAGAUAUUGGACAAGCUUAAUAGUCGAAUUGCUAUCAAAACGGACAUGUGA